AAAUUUUCUUUUGUCUUUCUGCAUUUAUUCGAUAAGCUUCCAUUAAUCUUAAUGUUAUUUAUAUUAUCGUGCAUGGUUGUAUCAGUAUAGUGUAUCUAUAUGAGUAUAGUUUUUUGUUAUCUAUGUUAUUGACCUUAUGUUAUUAAUUGGGUCCAGCCGUCAGGCGUUAUUACAUUUUUCUAUGGGAGAAACGGUGUGGCAGUUGACUCCACUCCCACAUCAUCUCUUGAAGAGGAUACGGCAUCUGAUUCAUCGUAGCCUUGGAGAUGAUGUAAUUUAGCUUAGACUUGAGCAUAAUUGAAAACGAAGUUCAACGCAUCAAUCGCAAGGAUUUGAAGUUUGGUGACCUAUUUUAUGAUUUGUUUAGUGGUUAAUCAUUAGUUUAUACUAUUUUGUUUUUAAAUUGUGAACGAAAAUAUGCCUAUAGUUUUCUAACUGCAACUAAAUAAGUCGGCUAUUUAGUGCUACUAUGUUUCCUAGCGCAACUAUGUACAACCUAGCGAAAAAUACGCCAAGUUGUAGUGUUGAAGCUUGCGGACAGCUUUCUUUGCAUGGUGGUGGCUUCAGUGCUGGUAUAGAAACUGCUAAGGUUAGCAAACACAUGCCCUGAAGCAGAAAACUUGUUAGUAUCGAGCGUUUAACGUAGAAACUUUAUAAGUACUCUUGAGUCAACUUUGGAGGACAAAAUAUACUUGAGAAUUUUAUCAGAUUGACGUAGAAAGUUUAUAAGAAUGAGAAAAAUCGUGAUUUAUAUAGUUAAAUUUUGAAGGUAUAAUUAAUUAAAUGUUGAAGGCAGUUACAAAUACUAUUGAUUAUGUUUAAUUUUGACUCUUGGAUUGGUAUCUAAGGUAUACACAAUUUCACUUUGGUUCUUAAGAGAUAUGUGACUCAAAAGUACGUGCUAAGAGUAAAUCAAAUUCUAAGCAUCUUAAAACCAGAACUUACACCAUUCAAUAGACAAUGCUAAAGUAGCUUGAUGUAAUGUGGAAGUCUCGGACAGACACAGAUUUUUGGCCAGGCAAAACUAGAUGUUUGGGUUUCGAAUCUCUUGAGUUGGCAAAGUUACUAUGGUCAAAGAAACUGAGAAAAUACUUUCGGAAAAUAUUAAUCUUGCAUUGUACUUUAGUCAUACUAGAGAUUUACUUAAUAGAGUUGUGAUAUUUUAGUUCUACAUACCUAAAGCUACUUCCUAAUCUCCUUACUGUUUUCAAGAAAUGGAAGUAUUAUACUGGUAUUCAUAAUCUUGACUUCCCUAUUUCUGCAUAGUGAGUAUUAAAUCUGGUGACCUCUGUCAUAGUCAUAUGCUUAGUUCCUGGUGCAUUCUUACGAUGAAUUGCAUGUAUGUGACACAGGUAUAAAGAGAAUAUGGAGUCACAAAGUCUAGCUUUGCAAAAGCAGCUUAGUCAAUAUGCUCCCCUCAAAUUGGAUCCGGAGUUAACUGGUCUUUCAGAAGCAGACAAGGAAGCCUUGCUCUACAUACUUAAGGCAUCAACGGUUAUUGAUGACAUUUUUUAUGAGCAGGUUUGGUAUGGCAAUAGUGCGUUGAGAGAUUGGCUUCAGGAGCACUCCAAUUCUUCUUAUCUAGAUCAAGUGAAAUGGAUGUAUUUUUCUAUCAAUAAGGGUCCAUGGUCAUGCCUUGAUGAAAACAAGGCAUUUUUGACAACAGCAGAUUCUGCUGUGAAGUUGCUCAGAGAUUCCACCAAGCCUGUUUCUGGUUGGAAGGGAAUUGAAUAUAGAGUGGCCUUUCCUGUGGUGAAGCCUCCCGGUGCAAGUUUCUACCCUCCUGAUAUGGACAAAAUGGCAACAUCUGAAUCAUUUGUUGGAAUACGAGAUGACAUAGCAACUUUUCAAGUUAAACUCUUUGGGGACCACCUACAGGACUUGGAGCGGAAUCUUCCAUUAGAUGAUAUGUACAAAUCAGAAAGUGUAGUUGCUGCUCCUAUCCGUGUGAUUCAGCUUCUUUACAAUGCAGGGAACAGCUGGAGCUGCGGAAAUUGAAGUGGGAAGCAAGAAUUUCAAACAUGCGGUGUUUGUUAUUUUUUUGCUACAUUUUGAACAAGUAUUUUUUGUUAGAACUUAUGUUUGAAAUUUAAUUUGAAUUCUGAAAUUGUAAUUUGAGAGUU